AUGAGGUGGCUCUUAGGCAGCAGCUGGAGGAAAUUUGGACAUGCUGACAGGGGGAACUACGACUGGUUAACUAGUGAACCAGGUGUGCCACUUCUGGAAACCCAGUUGCAGAGCAGACAUCAGAUCAGCUCAACCAAAGACGACGUAGAACCAUUUCUAUGCAUCAUCCUGCCUGCCACCAUGCUGCUCUUCCUGGCAUUCCUGCUGCUCUUCCUAUACCGCCGCUGCCAUCGACCCAGCCCCCAGGGGCAGAUCUUCAGUAUUGAUCUCCCAGAGCACCUACCUGAGCGUGAUGUGUCCGAUUUCCUUUCAGUGCUGCCCUGGAACAGUGAGCAGAAUUUCCACUACUCCACUCUGCUCCCUGAAGCCACCUUACUCACUGUAAGCUUGCCUCCAUCAUAUGAGGAGGCCACUAUGAAACCUCCUAUGGGAGAGGCUCACAUUGAGUUUUCUCAGGAUCCAGUGCCUCCUUAUGAAGAGAGUACACACUGGUCAAGCAACAGUAAAACUUCCUAAGGAAACACCUUUGGCUGAAGCUUACAACCCAUCAAGACAUAAACAUGAGACACUAGUCAUUAACGUUAGUGACAAAAUUUUCAAAUAAGGAAACAAAAUUAAUUGAGGAAGGAGCUUGGAUUGAUGUGGGAUUACUUUAAUACAUUUAAUGAUUCAGCAUUUCUAACCUCAAUUCACAGCAGCAAACACAGCUAAAUACCAGGUUGGUGUGGGAUGGGAGGAAUUGUGGGGAUAAAAUGAAUGAUGUACCUCAUACAUUAACUAAAUUGAUGGACACUCACUUAGGUUAGAGAGCUGAAUCUAGGAUGUGGGCGAUCAGCUAUGAAAGGAGGCAAACUGUGCUGGAUAUAUGCCAAUUACUGAAAGGGCUUUUAUCACAGAAAUCUCUUCCUUUGUUUUUUUUUAAAUUUAGUUUUUGAUAAUUUCAGUAACUUAAUUUGAAGUAUCUGUACUAACAAACUCACUGAUGCAGAUCUCAGGAAAAGUGAACAAGAAAUGAGGCCUAUAAAGUAUUGUCAGUGAAUACCACCACUAGGUUCAGUAUCAGGCCUAUAAACAGUAGAUCAAGAUUUUGCAGUCUGCCUUUCAGUCCAUCAAUGAGACUCAGUGUAACAAGCAGAAAGGAUCAGAGGUGAUUCAACCAUUUUGGGUUAAGUAGAAACAGACAUCAUGGCAACUGGUGGCACAGCAGGAUAUUCAGGCAGCUGAUAAGCAGAUGUGCUGUCCUAUAAGU